AAAUUCUAUUUUUCUUUUAUUUAUAAAAUCUCUAAAAAUGAAAUUUUAAAUUAUUGUAGCUGUGGUAGAUACACACACCAUAAACAAGCAAGGGCUUAUUAAACAAGUAAGGGGUAUAGUAUUCUUGAAGAAAACGAUAAACAAGGGUAAUAGUAUAUAUGAGAUAGGUAGAGUGAGAGAGAGAGAGAGAGAGAAUAGGUUUGAAGUUUGGAGAUGGAAAGUGCGGCACUUGUUCGUUCUCUAUCCACGAGCAGUAGAUACUUAUGUCGCUGUUCCGUUCUCUUCCCGACUACUAUUGCCACGUCAUCAAGGUUCUCUCCGCCUCUACUCCGCCGUCACUCCACUGCCAGAUUGCGUCAUCCUUCACCUUCUCCUCUCCUUUACUUUCGUAACCGUAACCGGAACCAUUUCUCCACUUCCCUCUCCCCUCGAGCAUCACUUGUUUCUUCUUCUCCUCCUCCUCCAGAUAUUAAGAAUGAACUGGGGGGAUUUGAGAAAAUAUCGGAGGAAUUCAUUCAAGAAUGCAAAUCAAAAGCCGUACUGUUCAGACACGUCAAGACGGGUGCACAAGUCAUGUCUGUUUCAAACAACGAUGAGAAUAAAGUCUUUGGCAUUGUUUUCCGCACUCCACCGAACGAUUCCACUGGCAUCCCUCACAUUUUAGAGCACAGUGUAUUGUGUGGAUCAAGAAAAUAUCCUCUCAAAGAACCAUUUGUUGAAUUACUCAAAGGAAGCUUGCACACUUUCCUCAAUGCAUUCACAUAUCCCGAUAGGACAUGUUACCCUGUUGCCUCCACAAAUACAAAGGAUUUUUAUAAUUUGGUAGAUGUCUAUCUCGAUGCCGUUUUCUUUCCUAAAUGUGUUCAGGACAUUCAGACUUUUCAACAGGAGGGUUGGCACUAUGAGCUCAAUCAUCCUUCUGAAGAUAUCACUUAUAAAGGUGUUGUGUUUAAUGAGAUGAAAGGUGUCUACUCUCAACCAGACAAUAUACUUGGACGGGCUGCUCAACAGGCUCUUUGCCCAGAUAACACAUAUGGUGUUGACAGCGGAGGUGAUCCUCGAGUUAUUCCUAAGUUGAAAUUUGAGGAAUUUAAGGAAUUUCACCGCAAGUAUUAUCAUCCUAGCAAUUCGCGGAUUUGGUUUUAUGGAGAUGAUGAUCCAAAUGAACGCCUCCGCAUUCUGAGUGAGUAUUUAGACAUGUUUGAUGCAAGUUCAGCCCCAAACGAAUCAAAGGUUGAACCACAAAAACUGUUUUCAAAGCCAGUCCGGAUUAUUGAGACUUAUCCUGCAGGGGAAGGAGGUGAUUUAAAGAAGCAGAUGGUCUGCCUUAACUGGUUGCUCUCUGAUAAGCCCUUAGACUUGGAAACUGAGCUAACACUUGGUUUUCUGAAUCAUCUUCUACUGGGCACUCCUGCUUCACCACUGAGAAAAAUCUUGCUAGAAAGUGGGCUGGGUGAUGCCAUUGUUGGUGGUGGGUUAGAAGAUGAACUACUCCAGCCUCAAUUUAGCAUUGGAAUGAAGGGUGUUUCUGAAGAUGAUAUUCAUAAGGUAGAAGAACUGAUCAUUAGUACACUUAAAAAGUUGGCGGAAGAGGGUUUUGAUACAGAUGCCAUUGAGGCUUCUAUGAAUACAAUUGAAUUUUCUCUCAGAGAGAAUAACACCGGGUCAUUUCCUCGUGGCUUGUCCCUCAUGCUCCAGUCCAUUGGUAAAUGGAUUUAUGAUUUGAAUCCCCUUGAGCCACUGAAGUAUGAGAAACCUCUCCAAGACCUGAAAUCUAAAAUAGCAACGGAGGGCUCUAAAUUUGUUUUUUCUCCAUUAAUAGAGAAAUUCAUCUUGAACAAUCCUCAUAAAGUUACUGUGCAAAUGCAGCCGGACCCCGAAAAAGCUGCUCGUGAUGAAGCGACGGAGAAACAGAUAUUGCAGGAAGUUAAAGCUAGUAUGACAACAGAAGAUCUGGCAGAAUUGACUCGUGCUACUCAUGAGCUUAGGCUUAAGCAGGAAACCCCUGACCCACCAGAAGCUUUGAAAACUGUUCCUAGUCUUUCACUUCAAGAUAUUCCUAAAGAACCUAUUCAUGUUCCCACUGAGGCCAGGGAUAUCAAUGGAGUAAAAGUUUUGCAGCAUGAUCUCUUCACCAAUGAUGUCCUUUACACUGACAUAGUAUUCGACAUGAGUUCAUUGAAGCAAGAGCUUCUUCCUUUGGUGCCGCUAUUUUGCCAAUCAUUGCUGGAGAUGGGCACAAAGGACUUGACUUUUGUCCAAUUAAACCAAUUAAUUGGGAGAAAAACUGGAGGAAUAUCAGUUUAUCCAUUCACAUCAUCAGUGCAGGGCAAGGAAGAUCCAUGUAGUCACAUGAUUGUUCGAGGAAAAGCAAUGGCUGGACGUGCUGAAGACCUUUAUGACUUGGUUAAUUCUGUUCUUCAAGAUGUCCAAUUUACAGACCAACAGCGUUUCAAACAAUUUGUUUCCCAGAGUAGAUCAAGAAUGGAGAACCGGCUAAGAGGCAGUGGUCAUGGAAUUGCAGCUGCAAGGAUGGAUGCAAAACUUAAUGCAGCAGGCUGGAUGUCGGAAAAGAUGGGUGGUCUCAGCUACCUUGAAUUCCUUCAAACUCUUGAAAAGAGAAUUGAUCAAGAUUGGGCUGAUAUCUCAUCAUCUCUUGAGGAAAUUCGCAAAACUGUAUUUUCCAAGCAAGGCUGCUUGAUAAAUAUCACAGCUGAUGGGAAAAACCUUGCGAAUGCGGACAAAUUUGUGAGCAAAUUUGUUGAUAUGCUCCCUACUAGCUCACCCAUUGCUGCCACAAAUAAUUGGAAUGUUAGACUUCCGUUGACAAAUGAAGCUAUUGUGAUUCCUACUCAGGUUAAUUAUGUUGGGAAAGCAACCAACGUUUACGAUGCUGGUUAUAAGCUUAAUGGGAGUGCAUAUGUUAUUUCCAAAUACAUUAGCAAUACAUGGUUGUGGGAUCGUGUACGUGUUAGUGGUGGGGCUUAUGGAGGUUUCUGUGAUUUUGAUACACAUUCAGGAGUGUUCUCCUUUUUGUCUUAUCGUGAUCCCAACUUGCUGAAGACACUUGAGGUUUACGAUGGAACUGGUGACUUCUUAAGAGAAUUGGAAAUAGAUGAUGAUACUCUUACAAAAGCCAUAAUUGGGACUAUUGGGGAUGUAGACUCCUAUCAACUACCUGAUGCCAAAGGUUAUAGUAGUAUGUUGCGGUAUUUACUGGGUAUCACAGAGGAAGAAAGGCAAAGGAGGCGUGAAGAGAUAUUAGCUACGAGCUUGAAGGACUUCAAACAAUUCAUUGACGCAGUGGAAGCAGUUAAGGAUAAAGGGGUUGUGGUUGCAGUGGCAUCUCCUGAUGACGUAGAUGCGGCAAACAAGGAGCUUUCCAACUUCUUUCAAAUAAAGAAAGCCCUUUAGAAUCAGGAUGAACUCUGCAAGGAUUUAAAAUUGUAUCUUUUCUUGAUAUAAUUUUCCCCUAUUUUGUGAUAAUUGUUUUAUUCAGAAAAUAGUUAUUAUAGCUGCUUGUUUACAGUUUGUUAAAAGUGUAAUCGCAAAAUAGUUUCAUAUUUUUUUUUUAUGGAACAAAAUAGUUUCAUAUUGUUUAUUAACUAGAAA